AUGCUACACGGCGAUAACCGAUAUCGAUGUGUGCCGAGCAUCGCGUCCAGCACGUCGACAUCGCUAUCAUUGGCGGUGGUCCGUGUGGCCUUUCUUUCGUACUCGAACUCCGUCGGUGUCGUGCUUGACGCAGCCAGCCAUCGACACGUUGCGUUGGUUGGCGAUGCCAGCAAUGGAAUGUACUCGCUGUUUGGACAAGGCUGCGCAUCAGCUCUGCUGCAAGCUGACAUGCUCGCAGAAGCUUUGGCCACUCCCGGCGACCAAUCUUUGGAGUCCAUGCUCUCCUCUUAUUCCGAAGCCUCGGUCAAAGAAGGCCACGCCAUUGCCGAACUCAAUCUGAUUACUCAUGCGUUGCGGCAGCCGUUUCCGAUAAGGCAAUUGGCGCUCUGGCAGGCGAAAGGUAUCAGCAAGAGACUGGCCGAGGAAGUAGCAUACAACGAGAUUCUACGGAAGCACCGGUUGGCAAUUUGGUUGAGCAAGUUCUUUUGGCGCGGCCUCAGGACAUCCGCGCAAACCUAG